CCAAGGCAAUUUCAACCAUAUUCCACCAUGCAGAGUCACUGCCGAUGAACGAUUUUGCAAGCAUUUUGAUUGUUGUUAACACUGCCUUGUUUUUGAUGGCUUAUUAUAUGCCGUAUCGUCCAAACGACGAAGAGAAUGGAUUUGAAGAAACGAGAUUUGAGCAGGCUGUCGACGAAAAUUUUUACUGUUCAAUAUGCCUUAAUGUCGUCAAAGAAGCAAGAAUGUGUCGGAAUAAUGAACACAUAUUUUGUCGUUAUUGUAUUACCGAACAUCUACGAGUUAAUGCACAAAGAUGUCCUCAAUGUCAAGAGAAACUAACAGUUGAUACUCUUCAUCCUGCCCGUAUUAUAAAUAACAUGGUUGCUAAAUUGAAGAUCAAAUGUGAUUAUGUAAACCGUGGCUGUCCUGAAUUUAUAACUCUUGAAUUUCUUGAAAGACAUGUUGAGAAUUGUGGCUUUGCUCCAGUGCUGUGCUCGAAUGAACGUUGUGGUCUGGAGAUAAAUAAACGUGACAAGUUUCGACACGAAACUGAGUUGUGUGAAUACAGAGAGAUUACAUCUCAUGAUUGUCGAAUGAUUAGAGAGGACAUAGAAACGUUACUAAGAAGUGUCAUUAAUCAUGACGACUCGUUCAAAUUACAGAUGGCUGAGAUUGAUGGAAGAAUCCUCAAAGCAGACCAAAAAAUUGAUGAAAAAGUUGACAUGUUGACCAUAGAAAUGACAGAAAUAAAGAAAGAAAUGACAGAAACAAAGAAAGACAUGAGCGUCAUUAAGCAAAAUAUAUCCUCAAUGACCAAAGAAAUGGAACAAUUAAAAACAGCCAUGAAUCAAAUGCUGGAAAAAAUGACCAUUUUUGAAAAAGUUACACAAAAAUUGCCAUCAUCUGUUGAAGGAAUACUGAAUGCACAAAGAGAAGAUAUUUUAAUUGCUGGGGGAAACCCGUCAUCUUUUCCUUCAAGCAGUGCUGAGAUAUUUUCAUGGAAAGAGGAGCAUUGGAUUAAGAUUGCUGCAAUGGAAAAUAAUCAUGUUUAUGCUUCAUCUUUUAUUUAUAGCAAUACUGUGUUUGUUGUUGGAGGAUUUAGAUGCAGGUCAAUAGAGACAUUAGAUCUCAAUCUGUCACCAUUGACAUGGAAAAAAUUUCCCAGAGAGCUUCCUUAUAAAUGCCUUGAUCAUCAGACUGUGGUUUAUCAACAGAAAAUCUUUCAUAUUGGAGGAUAUAAUUACAAAACAGGAACAGAAUCAGCCAUCAUUAGUGAAAUGCAGGUUUCCAGUACAUCUCAUGUUUUGAACGAGGUAUGUUGUAUGUCAGAACCACGACGGUGUCAUGCAACUGAAGUUGUUGGCGAUAAAAUUCUUAUCUUUGGAGGACAACGAAAUGAUGUCAAAGCUAUGUCUGGUGUGAUUGAAUUUGAUCCUCAAUCUCUCACAUGUAAGGAAAUGCCCCCAUUACCUUAUGCAAUGGCUGGAAUGGCUACAGUUUGUUGGAGAGAUCAAGUUAUUCUUCUUGGAGGACGUGAUUGCAAUGAAAAAGAAUUGAAUGAUGUCAUUAUGUAUGACAGUAGAACAGGUAAAAUUACAGUCUUACCAUCCAUGUUGAAGAAGAGAUGCAGAUGUUCUGCAGUUAUUACAGGUGACACAAUUGUCGUCAUGGGAGGAUAUAGUGAUGAAGAUGAAGUUCUCAAAUUGAUCGAGUGUUUUAAAAUAGGAACUUCAUCAUCAUGGAGUUAUUUGUCAUCAAUGAAUGAAUUCAGACGUGGAGCUGUGGCAGAAACUUUACCUGCUGGAAGAAAGUAUUAUUAAACUCUGAACUAAAUUCUUUGUGCUUUUUAUUCGAAGUGUUUCAGUUUUUUGUUACAUCAAGUAGAUAUACAUUAAAUUUUAAUGAGUACUUUUUCA